AUGCAAGCAUCACACACCGCAGACAUCGCCGUUAUCGGCGCCGGCAUCGUGGGCUCGGCCCUGGCAUACUUCUUAUCUUCCUCUGGAGACAGCAAGAAAAUCGUCUUGAUUGAUCGUUCCUUUACGCCGCUGAAGGGCUCUACUGGCCACGCCCCUGGGUUUGUUGGCCAAUACAACGAAUCCGAUGUCCUCACUCGUCUGGCCAAGGAUACGGUCAAUGAGUACAAGAAAAUCCCCGGUGGGUUCGAUGUGGUUGGGGGACUCGAGUUGGCUACCAGCCCUGCGGGAGCGGACCGCCUGAAACAGCGACAUGACUCGGCCAAAAGGGCUGGUCUCGAAGCCGAGCUCAUCUCUCCUGAAAAAGCAAUCAGCAUGGCCCCCGCUCUGAUGCAGGGGGAUUACACCGCCGCGUUGCACUUCGCCGGUGACGGUGCCGCCAACGCCAUCAGAAUCACCACUUUCUUCCAAGACGAAGCACGGGCGAGAGGAGUCCAGCUUCUGCAGGCGGAUGCGACAAAGAUCCAUGAAGCCAAUGGCCAGGUAAAUGGUGUAAUGACCACUGCUGGAUUCGUUCAGGCCAAGAAGGUCGUCAUUGCAACUGGGAUCUGGGCACCGGAGCUUUGCAGCUCCCAGACGCCAAUCCCCAUCGUUCCAGUCGCACAUCCCUACAUGUACGGCGAGUACCAUGAGUUGAGUGCGCAUAAGGCACCUUGGGUCAGAUGGCCCGAGCAUCACGUCUAUGCCCGUGACCACGGUACCUUCUAUGGACUAGGCUCCUACGACCAUCCACCAUUCGCCCAACAACCGAGCGAGACCGCCAUUGGCAGCUGGAUUGAGGACUUCACCGCAACAUUAGAUACCGCUAUGAAGUUUAUUCCCGAGCAGACAAAGUUGGUUAUCAGGGAGAAAUUCAACGGCAUUUUCUCUAUGACACCAGACAACAUGCCGUUGGUGGGCUUGGUUGCUGAAACUGCUGGGCUGUACAUGGCGGCUGCCGUAUGGGUGACCCAUGCAGCUGGAUCUGCCAAGUUCUUGACUCAGCUGAUUCAGGGCGAGGCAGUUGAUGGUACCUUGAAGAAAGCCUUGGACCCCAACAGAUUCCAGGGACGGGAAAUGAAGGAGUUGACACAGGAGUCCUUGGACGGGUACAAUCACAUCUACAAGACAGUGGCAAGCUCAGAAUAA